ACACGCUGUUACAACGUAACCCAACGAAUGAGCCAUUUUUGUAUUGUUUUUGCAAUUGCAUUGCCAGCAAUCCGAUAAUAACGAAGAGUUUCGUGUGACAUGCAAAAGCUGCAUUUGGCUAAAAAAAUUUUUAAUUAUUCUUUUGACUCUCUCGUUUUUAUUUAUUUAUUUUGUAUUUUCUGCAUGCUGCGACCAUAUAAUACAAACUCGCUUGCUCUACUAAACGAACCAAAAAGCCCAGUACCCUAUUCUGUGUGAUUUUAUGUUUUCCAUUGUGGGAAAUGUUGCGUUUUUUUACACGUUCCACCCGACUCUGAAAAAUGAAUACUUUUAAUAAUUAGUUCUGCUGAUCUACUCUGAGCAGACUGCAGCACUGCCUCUUCUUGGAAUGCAAGCUUUCUCCCCUCCUCCUUCGGCGGCGCAGUCAGCAUUCGAACAGUUCCGAUUCAGUCCGAGACACAAGCCACUGCUCUACAAAUACAAUCUGAAGGAAACGCAUCAUUAAUUGUCUUAAUUUAAACAUCAUGGUUUUACGCGUCAUAUUUCGUGCUGUCAUCAUGGGACCCCCGGGCUCCGGGAAAGGCACGGUGUCGGAGCGGAUUAUGAAAAGUUUUGGAAUGAAACACCUUUCCAGUGGGGACGUUUUAAGGACCAACAUGAAAGCAAAAACAGAAGUAGGGCUUCUGGUCAAGUCUUACAUCGACCAAGGUCAGCUUGUGCCAGAUGAUGUCAUCACUCGGCUGAUCCUGCAUGACCUGAAGGGUCUGGAGCAAUGCAGCUCGCUGCUGGAUGGUUUCCCACGGACAGUGACGCAAGCAGAAUGUCUGGACAAAGUUUACAAGAUAGACACUGUGCUAAACUUGAAUGUGCCUUUCGAGACCAUCAAAGAGCGACUUACCUCCCGGUGGAUCCACCCAGCAAGUGGCAGAGUAUAUAACAUCAACUUCAACCCUCCCAAAAUCCCUGGUUUAGAUGACGUUACUGGUGAGCCCUUGAUACAGCGGAAUGAUGACAAACCGGAGACUGUCGCAAGGAGGUUAAAGUCCUACGAGAUGCAGACCAGACCAGUCCUUGAGUAUUACAGGAACAAAGGGGUUUUGGAGACCUUCACAGGAACAGAAACCAACAAGAUCUGGCCUCAAAUACACACCUUUCUCUGCAGUAAAACCUCAGGGUGACCAGAAGCCUGCAGCUGGCAAAGCUUGAAAAAACAGGCAGCUCUGAAGAAAUAAGAGGAGGGAGGAUUACUCCAUGGUUUGAACAAACACAAAGGGACCACUCAUUCCUUGAGGGAAUACGAUUAUUUCAUGGGGCCAAGUCCACACCUGUGUUGGCUGAAACUAGAACUAAACUUUUCCCUUUUAAAUUGAUCAAAACGUAGAUCAAAAUUAUAUUAACAUAUUACAUUAAUGAUUUAAGAACUGAUUUUUGUCUUUUGCUUGAUGUCAUAAUCAUGUAUGUCUUAAGGAUUCCUGUCUUAGUACGCACUAAAAACUAAUGUACACCCACAGCCUGCAUUAAAAUGUAUUUCUGAUUACAUAAAUGCAAUGUAGCACAAAUGUAUUCUGAAAAGAGAUUACUUAACCAAAAAGUUUUGAGAUAAAAGUGAAGUAUACAUUUCUGUAGUUAUGUAGUAGCUUUAAUACAACGGCCUACGUCACUAUGCACAUGUUAAAGUAAAAAGAUGCUAUACCCGCAAAAUAAGUAUUUUGUCUUGCACACUGUUAGUAGUUGAUUUACAAGGAGCAUACAAUAACACACACUUUAAUAUUGUGAAAACAGAAAGCAAAUGACCACAAUCCAAGAAAAACAAUCUUCAUAUGGGGCAAGUAACAAUGCAAUAUCAUACUUUUUUUUUUUUUUUUUUUAGUAAGUAUUUAACUUGACCCCUUGUUGUUCUUAACCUUUAACCCGUCUUACUCUGUUGUCCGCUUGUAGACAAGCACUUUUUGGGGCUUUUUGGGGCUUUAUUUUUCUUUUCUCUAAUCUUAAAUUGUUUUUAAGAAUUCAAAUAAAAGUUUUGGUUUUAUGACCAAACAAGUUUAUUUACUUUUUUAAAAUUGGUAUUAUUGAUAUUUUAUUCGUAUUGCCGCAUGGAAAGGUACAGUACAAAGUGCAUCCAGCAUUAUUCUAGGGACACUAGAAACCCAUAAGCUAAAAGCUUGACUAGUCUGUUUAGUGUCUAGUAUUGACUAUAAAACUGUUUGAGUACUUUAUUUCAUUUGCAUUUUGUAUUGCUCACUGUAAUUUUGUAACCUGUUUUGACUGCAAAAUGCAUUCUUGUACAAUGGGUCAUCUUGAUUACUGGUUGAUCAGUACUGUACCACUAAAUUUUGUACAUAGCCACCUGAACUAUAACCAAAAAUAAACUAUGUAUGUGUUCUAUGUUGUGUACUUAUUGGAAUUAAAUACAUAGUUCUAGGAGGCUGUGUGGUCCAGUGGUUAAAGACAAGGGCUUGUAACCAGAAGGUCCCAGGUUCAAGUCCCACCUCAGCCACUGACUCAUUGUGUGACCUUGAGCAAGUUACCUCCUUGUGCUCCGUCUUUCGGGUGAGACGUAAUUGUAAGUGACUCUGCAGCUGAUGCAUAGUUCACACACCCUAGUCUCCUUGGAUAAAGUUGGAUAAAGGCCUCUGCUAAAUAAACAAAUAAUAAUAAUAGAUCUUUCCAGACAGAAAAUAGUGCAAAAUUCAAGACAAAAACAAUAAAAUAAAUGAAAACAAA